UGCACAUCUUGGUGAAGAGAGCCAAAAUCCAAUCCGCUGCGGAAAUCCGAUGAAAGCAGCAGAUGAGAAUCAAAUCGUGUGGGACCUUCUGGAAUGGGGCAAUCUGGAAGCACUGAAGAAGUUCACCCCUGAGAACUUCGACUGGCGUGCCCUUCAUCCGACUGAGAAGAAUACCUUGCUCAUGGAAGGAGUGGCCUGCGGCUUGGCUGGUCCAAAUGAAGCCUACUUGGACAUCAUCGAAUGGCUGGUGCGCUCCGGCGCUGAUGCCGCCCAAAGGACACCUCCCUCGAGCCAAGGAAACUACAGUAUCUGGUUGAUUGAAGACCCAGACAAGACGAAGUUGACGGUGGCAUACAAAGGCCACUCGGCGAUCAGUUAUUUGUUGGCGUGGAAGCGGGAACUUCAAGACAAAGCCGAAUGGUCCGAAAACUUGGCAUAUUUGGACAAAGCCUUGGCUCGAAUCACCACGGCCACGCAGCAUAUUCGGCCUGUGCGGGAAAAGGUAGCCAUCGAUCAGAGCGUUGUGGAGCUUUGGGAAAGAGUCUUGGAUGCCACGGCCUCUCACAAUCUGACCUUUGAAACUGCCGACGGCCCCGUGACCGCUCACGCACAUGUUUUGAUGGAAGCAUCGCCCGUACUGAAGGCCAUGUUAGAUUCAUCGAUGAAGGAGGGCGAAACUCGACGAAUUCAAGUCAAAGACUCUCCAAGUCGUGGGGUGUCGUUGUUCCUGGAGACUUUGUACACUUGCUCGACUCGCAGUGAGCCCAACCAUGAGACGGUGCUGAUCGCGUUGGACUUGGCGCAUCGAUGGCAGGUGUACGGCGUGGUGAACAUCUUCGCGGAACUUCUGCAGGAGAUGAUCACAGAUGCCAACUUUGCAGCCAUUGCCGAAGCGGCGGUGCUCAAAGAUUUGGAGGGCGUGAAGAAGGUGUGCCGAAUUCAUGGCAUGGAAUCGCGAGCGGUGCAGGAGCGACUCAAGAAGGGUCUUCUUCCAAAGAUGCUACAGGAUUUGCUGGGACACAAGGCUUCACCUGCUGCAUCCUGCCCCAAGAAGCGCCGGAGGUUCUGAGGGUCUCCCGACGCACCGUCCCCGGUCGCGGCGGACUGCGAAAAGCCACGGGACCGGCGGACUGCAAAAAAGGAGUCGCCAGCCGC